AUGUCGGUGCAGCAGCAUCAAAUGGUGCGUUGGUCCAGGCCCAGGAAAUCCCGGAUCCCGGAGACCAGUGGCUGCCCAAGUUCUUGCAGGAUAAAUCGUAUGUUUAUGUUUGGCGCUGGCCACAUGCAACCAGCCUUGCUCGUUGUUGCUAACCACAACGGCUUCAGAAAGCAAGAUUUGGCCGAGAUAUUGUCGGACCCGGCACGCCUCUCGGCGCUCACCCACUCCCCUCAGACAGUCCACCCCUCUUUGGGAUCGUCUCAUGAGGCACUGCAGGUAGCACUAAGUGAAAACAUCGAGCGGGCUGCUCAGCUGCUCGAGCUCGAGGCGAGGCUGGCCCACCAGAGAUCAACAACACAGUCCCAGCUGCUGUCGACUCACGCACUGGAGAGACAGUGGCGGGCCAAACAGGCAGACAUGGACCAUGCGCUGGCUCCGUUCGCGCCUGCAAGUUUGUAUCAGCGUCUCAGUCAGGGGGUUCAGGAACAGGAAGGCGUUUGCUAUGCGCUGGAGGAGAGCUUUCUCGAGGGGGAAGGUGACGGUGCGCUGGCUACGGAGAGAGAGGUCGGUGAUUGGAUCAGGAGGUACAGAGAAGCCAAGAAGCUGUACUAUUUGAGACAGGAGAGGAAGGAGAGGUGGGACGAAGGCAGGGUUGGAGGGUGGAGGUGA